GAUUGCUCUUGAGGGGGUGGGGGAGAAGUUUAAAAGUGAAGAUAAAGGCUUCGCGCUCGAUACGCUUGUGAAGUGGUGAGGUGUAAUUGAAUAUAGCCGGUGAAUAUUAGCAAACUUGAAUCUACCAGAAGACCUGUUGGAAUGAAAUUACACAUUGGAACACGGGCGUAUUGGAUUCCUUAACGAAGACUGAACUUUUUUCCGGUUUACAAAAGAGACGACGCAGAACUGACAGGCAGUCGGACGGCAGCGUUGGUGGACGGGAGGGGCUGUAAACGGCGGGGCCUGAUGAGUGGGUUUGGCGGUUGUUGGGAGAUAUCAUGGAUUUGACUAAAAUGGGCACCAUCCAGCUGCAGAACCCCGGGCAGCCCGCGGCCCUCCUGCACAAGGCCAAUCAGAUGCGCCUGGCGGGGACACUCUGUGACGUAGUCAUCCUGGUGGACGGUCGGGAGUUCCGAGCCCACCGCACCGUGCUGGCCUGCACCAGCAAGAUGUUCGAGAUCCUGUUCCACCGCAACAGCCAGCACUACACCCUGGACUUCCUCUCGCCCAAGACCUUCCAGCAGAUCCUGGAGUAUGCCUACACCGCCACCCUCCAGGCCAAAGUGGAGGACCUGGACGACCUGCUGUACGCGGCCGAGAUCCUGGAGAUCGAGUACCUGGAGGAGCAGUGUCUGAAGAUCCUGGAGACCAUCCAGGCGUCCUCUGAGGACAACGACGGGGAGACCAACGGGGACAUAGGGGGAGGCGGGGCGGAGGAGGGGCGGGGGAGGAUCGGGAGGGCCUUGUUGGUCCCCAAGAAGCAUUCCGUGGAGGAGGAGGGGGCUGGGUACGGGUACGGAUACGGAGACUCUGCCCACCAGGGCUUGGUUCUGAUGGGCGGGUUGGAGCAGAGCCCUUCCGUCUCCACCUCCUUCGGCGCCUCCGGGGGGAGCCCCACCAAAGCGGCUGUGGACAGCCUGAUGAGCAUCGGGCACUCCCUCCUCCUGCAGGGCGUGUCACGGCACAGGGAGGGACUGGCCGGAGGGGACGCUCGAGCCAGCCCCCGGCCACCUUUGGCGAAGAUCAAGACGGAGGCCAUGCAGGUAGACGAGUCGCUGGGGAGGGACGGGGAGAAGAACGGGGAGUCGGACCCGGGAACCCCGACCCGGAGCAGCGUCAUCACCAGCGCCCGCGGCCUGCACUUCGCUCGCGACGACGGAGGCGGGGACCCCCCGGGCGAAGGGGGUCCCCCGGCCGAGAAGCACCCGCCCUCCCUGUACCCCAUGACGCCCAACCACAAGAGCGGCCCCCUGCUGUCCAUGCCUCCCUCCAUGGGGCCUCCCCUCCACAUGCCCUCCGGCCUGGCCAUGUCCAUGGACUUCAGCUCCUACGGGGGCCUCCUGCCCCACUCCUUCAUCCAGAGGGAGUUCCUCAGCAAGCUCGGGGAGUUCACCGCCGUCGUCAAGCCGGCCAGCCGGAGCCCGGACGAGCGGUGCGGUGUGUGUGGAGCGGACCUGCCUGACGGAGAAGCUGUGGAGCACCACAGGAAGCUCCACAGUGGGAUGAAGACCUACGGGUGUGAGCUGUGUGGGAAGCGCUUCCUGGACAGCUUACGUCUCCGGAUGCACUUGCUGUCCCACUCGGCUGGAGCCAAACCCUUUGUUUGUGAUCAGUGUGGAGCCCAGUUCUCCAAAGAAGAUGCCCUGGAAGCACACAGACAGACACACACAGGCUCAGACAUGGCGGUGUUCUGCCUGCUGUGUGGGAAGCGCUUCCAGGCACAGACGGCCCUACAGCAACACAUGGAGGUCCACGCCGGUGUGCGGAGCUACAUCUGCAGCGAGUGCAACCGCACCUUCCCCAGCCACACCGCCCUCAAACGCCACCUGCGCUCCCACACAGGUGACCACCCGUUCGAGUGCGAGUUCUGCGGGAGCUGUUUCCGUGACGAGAGCACGCUGAAGGGGCACAAGCGCAUCCACACCGGGGAGAAGCCCUACGAGUGCAACGGCUGCGGGAAGAAGUUCAGCCUCAAGCACCAGCUGGAGACGCACUACCGCGUGCACACAGGUGAGAAGCCCUUCGAGUGCAAGCUGUGCCACCAGCGGUCGCGGGACUACUCGGCCAUGAUCAAGCACCUGCGCACCCACAACGGAGCCUCACCCUACCAGUGCACCAUCUGCCUGGAGUACUGCCCCAGCCUGUCGGCCAUGCAGAAACACAUGAAGGGCCACAAGCCCGAGGACGUCCCCUCCGACUGGAGGAUAGAGAAGACCUACCUGUACCUGUGCUACGUAUAGAGGAGACCCUCCCCGUGCUUGUACCCCGGCCCAGUACUUGUACUCGUACACGUACCCCCCAGGGCUGCAUCAGAACAGAGCCGCCCACAAAACCCAAGGAGAAAAUGUAGCUACAUGUACCAGACAUGUAGACCACAACCGGUAGAGCCAGAGACCUUUUCUGUGAACAAGCUGAGUGGGGGUCAUUUGGGAAAG